CGAACAGUUUAAUUGGUUCUACUAGACUGACUUUGCUAUUAUAAAAUGAAUGAAGAUAAUAAGAGUAUUAAUGAUACAACUUCAAGUGCCCGUUUCGUUGCCGAAAGAUGUUCAUCAAACUUUUCUAAAGAUAACGAUUGGAAUUCAGAAGAAGAAAUAAGAAAGGAAAUGGAAUCUGAGAUCAACAUAUCUGUCCCGAAAAGGUUUGGACUGUAUGAAUCUGAAGUUAUAUUUUCAAAGAAUGAUGUCGUUUUGAGUAAACACUCAUUCACAUUUAAUUAUGAUCAGCAAUUGAAGAAAGUUUAUGCAUUUCAUUCAGUUGAAUUUCAUAAAACUUUGGGAGGUUUACAAGGUGAAACGAUGGUUGGCGCGAUGAAACCUCAAGUUGGUACAUCAGCAAAAGUAGAAAUAACUGAAGACACAGCUCCACUUGGCCAAGUAAAGAGACCCACUGGUAGUGCAACAAAGGCAGCCCCAACCAGUCCGGAUUCAGUAAAUCCAAUAGUUUCAGCGACAAUAUCUCAAUUAGAACGAAAAGUGGAAAAAACGUACGAAGAACUUGUGGAAGCAUUACUAAAUCCAAGAUCAAGUAUGUAAAACUUUAUUAUUAUUAUGAUAUAAGAGG